CUUUCCUGUAAACAAAGCUGUAGCUGUAGGAAGCCUGUUUAUCCUGCUAUAUUAUCAGAUUUUCUCCGUUGGUUUUAAACAUGGCUCAGGGUGGAGUGGUUCUGGACAAAGACCAGUUUAAUUGUUCUAUAUGUCUGGAUGUCCUCAAACAGCCGGUGACCAUCCCCUGCGGUCACAGCUACUGCUCAGACUGCAUCCAGAACUACUGGGACCAGGACGACUUCCUCGGUAUCUUCGUCUGCCCGCAAUGCCGACAGAGCUUUAGCCCGAGGCCCGUGCUGGCCAGGAGCACCAUGCUGGCCGACGUGGUGGAGAAAUUCAAGGAAACCGCUCUCCAGGAUGCCCCGGCGGUACCGACGGAUAACCGAUGUCCAGCCGAAGCGGACGACGUGGAGUGCGACGUCUGCAGCGGGAGGAAAAACAAGGCUGUCAGGUCCUGCCUGGUGUGUCUGGCCUCCUACUGCGAUGUCCACCUCCAGCCUCACUACCAAUCCACCGCCUUCAAGAAGCAUAAGCUGGUUCCUGCCUCCAAGCGUCUCCAGGAGACCAUCUGUCCCCAGCAUGACAAGCUGCUGGAGGUUUACUGCCGCACUGACAGCUGCUGCAUCUGCUACCUGUGUCUGACAGACCGUCACAAGGGGCACGACACGGUGCUGGUGGAGUCAGAAAUACAACACAUGCAGACGCAGCUUGCAGACAUGAGACAGAAUUCACAGCUGAAGAUUCAGCAAAGAGAAAAAGAGGCACAAGACCUAAGAACAGCAAUUUUCUCUCUCGGUCGUUUGGCUCGGGCUGCAGCAGAGGAAAGUGACAACAUCUUUACGGAUCUAAUUCGUCUGAUAGAGCUGAAGCGUUUUGAAGUGAGGGAACUAAUCAAAGUCCAGGAAAAGACGGCCGCCGGUGAAGCCGAGCAGCUGCUAGAGAAGAUCCAGAAGGAAAUCGAUGAACUGAGGAAGAACGAGGCCGAACUGGACCUGCUGUCUCACACCGAGGACCCCGUCCAGUUCCUCCAGAGAUGCCAUUCCGUUCAUGCUCCGCCUGCGCUGUCAGCUCCUCCUUUGCUCAACGCCAACCCCAGCCUCUCCUUCGACCCGGUGAUGACAGCUGUGUCUGACUUCAAGGGAUUGCUGCACGAAGUGUGCCAGGGAGGGUUUGUCAGCAUCUAUGAGAAAGUAAAGGAUGUUAAAAUCGUGAUGCCUCAAAUUCCUGAGAUUCAGAGUGAAUUUCCUUUCACUAAUGAGGCUCGACCACCUGUAGGCACGGCGGCGCCACAAGCGGCACCUCCUCUCGGUCUGGACCAGCCGGCCGUUAGUCCUCUGAACCCGUUCCUGUCUCCAGCAUCUGCUGGGGCCACAUUUGCCUUCUCACCAUUCGGUUCUAAACUGUCUACGGUAUCCAGACCAAAACACUUGCAGCGGCGUCCUACCUCAAGAAGAAGAUAAAUCCUUCUAGACAUCAGACUGGAUGAUAUGCAUGCAUCCACACAACCUGAAUAUAAUUUCUUUUCUAUGAUCUCACCGUAAAGAUCAAGAAUGGGCAUUUUUCCAGUGAUUUCAUAUGUUGACAUUAGUCUCUUGGCUUUAAUAUCUGCUACAUAUUUUAGUACGGUAUUUAUUUACAGAUGCAGCAACAAUGCAUUAAAAUUACUCAGAAGCAGCUAGAAGCAUGAAAAAACUUACUGUAUUGUAUUCCAGUGUUACUAAGAGAAUU